UGGCAGGAGCGGUUAGCCAAUGUAUAGACGGGAGGCGGAGCUAGUAGAGGAGCGGGUUUUAAGGUGAAUUGAACCGGUAACGGAGACCGGGUUAUUACUCUGCCAGGACGAGCGCUGCCGGCGGCCAUGUCACUUGCCAAGGUGAAGGUGGAGAAGACAGAUCUGGAGGCGGCGAGCGCGCGCAGUCGUCUGGAUGCCGUCUUAAAGGGGCUGUUGGACCGGAGCGAGGUGGACAGGGAGCAGAUGGAAGAUGAAAGCGGAAAAGCAGCAACAGACGCCCAUAGCAAAGACUCUUCUCCAUCUGCUGCCGGAAAGCGGCAGUCUGUGCGCCCCUCUCACAAUCGCCGGAAGAAAAGAAAGGAGGAGGACGGAGUCUCAGAAGCGGCGCUCCCCAAAACCAACACUUUUGUCAUCCGCCUCUUUGAUCGGAGUGUGGACUUGGCGCAGUUUUCAGAAGAGACGGCCUUGUACCCCGUCUGCCGAGCCUGGCUCCGUAAUUCUCCAGGAACCAAACCCCCCGAGCCCCCUCCGACACCGCCACCAUCAGGAGAGGGUGACAUAGUGAAUGGCAGUUCUCAGAAUCUCUAUCACCUGCCUCCGCCAUCCACCUGCCCAGUAACAGAAGCGGGAGAACCGGUCAACCUGAGGAUCCCUUCACCCCUUCCCCGAGAAGAGGAGCCCCUCAAUAUCAACACGCCUGCAGAGAUGACCCCCAGCAUGUCAACGCUCAUCUACCAGAAUAUGAACCGCUGGAAAAAGAUCCGGCAGAGGUGGAAAGACGCGUCUUAUCGGAACCAGCAGCGCUACGCCCAGAGCAUGAAGAUCCUGAAAGAGAUGUACGAGCGGCAGUGAAGCGUCAGCAGCGCGGUUUCCCGGCUCCAGCUUUUCAUCUUCAGAUAUUUUUGUAUUCAGGUUCCUGUUCUGGGGUUUUUGCCCCCCCCCCCCUUACUGAACCUCAAAAUUCCAGGGCUGAUAUUUAGAGACGACCCCGUUCUCAGGAUCCCCGGGGGUCCGAGCUUUUCUGCCCCCCCAGUGGUCACACAUAAUAACACGUCUCUAAAAAUGGGUUGUGCCCGGCAUUGCCGCUCAGCUUCAUGGAAGUCGGUAGGAUUGAGCUGCAGUGCCCCACACAACCUGCGGACAGGUGUGGCGCUAUUUUUCAAACACGGCAGCAAUAUUUUUAUUUUAUUUUUAACCCUGUACACCCCUCAGUGGCUGUUGGCAGAUUUAGAACUUUUUUGAUUUCGUCUUUUUUCUUAUUUCAUUUCCCACCACCGUUUUUAUUGUGUUGCGGUUAUUUUUGGGGUAAGGAACAAGUUUUAGGUAUUGACCCAUAAUCCUGGAUUUUUUAAAACAUUUUAUGACCUGAAUGCGCCCCUGCCCGUUUCCUCUUUUUUUAUUGGGAGAUGGUAUUUUAUGAGCUUUUACACAUUUCCGCCUUGUAUGUGUCAUUGAUGA